AUGAGUAGGUUUAUAGUGCAAUCCUGUGGAUGCCAACUCAGAAGUUCCCUUAACUUACUCCCUGGGGAGUGUGUAGAGCAGGGGUGAGGAACCUCAGACCUGGCGGACAAAUGUGGCCCUCUAGGCCUUCCUAGCUGGCCCUCCAAAAUUUCCCUGGGCCAUCCAUCUAAUGGGAAAUUUAUGUUUUCUUCCCUCCAAAGUUUUUAUUUCCUUCCCAGUUCCCCUUAUGCUGCUGGAAGGUAACACAGACUGAGGUCUUUACAUAGGAAUGUAGAAAGCUGUCAUACUAAAUCAGGUAACUGGGUCAUCAAUAGCUCAGUAUUAUCUGCACUGACUGGCAGCAUCUCUCUGGGGUUUCAGACAGCAGGCAUUCCCAGCCCUACCAGGAGAUGCUGCAGGUUGAACCUGGGACCUUCUACAUGCAGAGCAGAUGCUCCACCACUGAGCCACAGCUCUUCCCAAAACAAGCUGUGAAAUUUCAGACAGCCUGCCAUUUAAAUUUUAUUCUUCUGCUCUCCUUCCAGGCUCCAAGUUCAGUUCUACCUCUCCACCCACCAACCCCACUAGCAAGGGCCCAAUAUAUCUGAAAUUUAAAAGGCUGCCAACCCUGCCCCUUCUGUGCUCCUCAGCAGCACCAGCUAUGCUGGUCCCAGUCACCCAUGUCAGCGCAGGAAGCUGCUUCAUGCCAAGUCAGACCAACAAGUCAGGCCCAUCUAGCUCAGGGUUCUCUGCACUGAUUGGCAGCCGUUCUCCAGGGUUUCAGGCAGGGGGCUCUGGAGAUGUCAGGGACUGAACCUGGGACCUUCUUUGUGCAAAGCAGAUGCUCUGCCACUGAGCUACAACCAUUCCCUCCCCAAAAGGAGACGGGAAGGAAGAGAGGGAAGCAAAAAAAGGAGGGAGGCAGAAAGCAAAAGGGCCUGCAGCUGGGCUAACCAGCUUCCCAAUCCUCACAAUGAAAGGCAAUCUAAUGUCUGCAGGGUUUUUAGAAACCGCUUCUCAGUAGCAUGGGGUUCUUACAAAUUGGCUUGAAGUCUCCGAGUGCUUGUGCAACGGGAGGUGCAGAGGGCCGGCCUCCCUCGCCCAGCAUCUUUGUCCGCAGCAGCAAGGAGCAUUUGUGUUAUGGAAAUGUAAGAGCCGGAAGUCGGGGCUUCCAAUUAAUUCCCGGGAAAAGGGGAUUUUUGCAGGCCACCACUGUGCAGUCCUGAUCGGAACCCCAGCCUCCUUUGUCUUCCAGCCCCACUCUCUCUUUCCUCUCCCCGCCCCUCUCGCAAAUUAAUCUGAAGGUGGAUUUGUGCCAUGGCGUGAAAGAAAGGUAUCUUGGUGACGGCGUCAUCUUAGGCUUACGUGAAGCGCCAUCCAUCAGAGCAGAAAUAAGAGAAAUUGUGGGAGCUGAGUCUCUCUCUCUCUCUCUAUUUUGUAUGGCAGCUCAAGAGGAAGGGGCAGACUACCUGUGAUGAGAGCAACAGGCCGUCACUGAAAAUGUCAGCCCUGUACCCAUUCCCCUUGCCCCACUCCAUAACAUCUCAUUUGGCCUAGACCGCCAUGUCCUGCUGCUACGUUUUCCCACUUCUGCCAGUGGCAGACAAUGGUGUGGAGUGGGAACUCUACACGGAGAUGUUGUUUUCAGCAGCAGCUCCACCUUCCACAUAAUGUGUCAAAUCACAUGCUCCAUGUGCACUUUACAUUUAAAUCACUAUCAUACCACUUUAAAAUGCCAUGGCUUCCCUUGAAGAAUAUUGGGAACUGCGAUUUGAUAAUGAUGCUACAAUUCCCAGUGUUCCCUGGAAAGAGGGAUUGAUGGUCUGGGAAUUGACACUGCCCAUUUAAUAUUGCAUCUGAGUAUUAUAUGAGUAUAUGAAAUGUACAUUCACAUAAAGGACAUUCUAGUCAGUCUUGUGCUUGCAUUCCAUAUUUGGAGAAGUUGCACCCUGCCUUUCCAUUAAAACAACAUUCAAGGUUUCUUUAUAUUCAUUUAAUUGCAGAAACCAAUUUAGGCUUCACAUGUGAAAAUGCCCUAUAGGGGGAAUAUGUACUCUGGAAUCUAAAUAGCACCAACCACGUGAAAGAAAGGCAUGGGGCCUCAAAUCCUCUACAGCAGCUGUUUUCAAAUUUGGCUUUAGUGUUCCUCAGAACAGUGGCGGACUUUGGGCUCUUAGAUUUCAGCAGCACCCUGUGCAAUGCUAAAAUUUGCUGUCCCCCCACCACCACCUCUUGCAGGGAUUCCACAUCAUAGCUGUGGUGCCUCCUGCGGUGCUGGCACCCAGUGCAGCUGACCCAGCCAUGCUAACCUAAAAUCACCUCUGCUCAGGUUUAUCAGAUUCAGAUUCAGGUGCAUACAAAAAAAAAUUAGGCUUGUGCAAUUUAAAGUGGAUUAAAGCACUCUGGAGCCACAAAUCCACCUAAAAACAACAUGACUGCAUUUUGGAAAGUGAUUGGGAAAUGCAUUAAAAAGUGUGGGAUGGACAACCGAUAAAAUAUCACGCAAGCAACUCAAGAUUAAUGUUCCCUGUUGUGUAACCUACCCACAAACAAAUCAGAACGACUGCUCAAUAGACACCCGACAUGGUCUCACCUCCAUGUAAGCUUCAUGCAAGAAAAUCAGGAUGCAUUCUCAGGAAACAGAUUGUCUUGGGGAUUCAUCACUGAGAAGUAAGGGAAGUGAGAAACAUAAAGGCACCAAGAUUCCCUGGGAGACGGUUUGCUUGCACUUCCCAGUUUUCCCUUGGAGUGCACAGGUGAAAAGAGGCAUUGGUGGAAUUCUGCCGCAUUCAGUUCACACAAGGCAAUGAGUGAUGCCAACAGGCCUGGAUGGUGCCUGAUGUGAUCUCUGUGCCCUAGAACAGAUCCCAGAAUACUUCGCACUGUGCAAAGGUUCUGUGGCAAACAAAGGUCAGGUCUAUCCUACUCACUUCUAUGCUCUGGGCAUGAGCACCACUGAUCACUGAUGUGAAUUAUUGGGACCAGCUACUAUAUAUUCAAGAAAGUUGUUUCUUUGCUAUGCAUUUGGACACCUCUUAAGAUACUGUAACCAAAUUUUGCAGGAUAGUUCCUGAGAUCAAAUGAAAGGUUUCCAUCUAUGUAUUUUAAAUUAUAAUUAUAUUAAGUAUUGUGCUAUUUUAGAUUUUAUGUACAUUUCUGUUUCAUGGUUUUUGCCUUUAUUCUAAACAAUCCACUCAGGUUAUUGGGUGGUAUAGAACCAUUUUUUAUUUAUAUUUUUAAAAUCUAUAUAAAGUAAGAGUUUGGGGGAGGGAAGGAAAAAUUAAAACGGUGAUUGUUGGUAUAUGCACAACAAUUUUACAACCUUUUUUUUUUAAAAAAAAAGUUAGUUAAAACAAAGGGUGGGACCACACAUUUAGCAGAAGGAGAUGGGUAGAUACUGUACCACCUCUAGACAUAUAACUUUUGAAUGCUGUACUGUGUUGAGACACACACAACUCUCUGUAAAUAAAAACUGAGCACAUUGCAUGGAAAGGCGCUUGCCCAGAACUUCUGCCCGCUGUGUUGCCUUUCCACUUACAGAGUUUUUAAACACAGAGAACUGUUCAAUACUGUGACACUCCCCAACCCCCUGCCAUCCAAAGUGGUUCAGCCAGUGCUACCCGAACUCAGCAGGCUACCACCUCCUCAUUCUGCCGCAUGGGUAACCUGGACCUAAAAAUAAUAUUAAAAAUAAGAAUGAUGUGGACACUGGACCCUAAAGGCAGAGUGUUGAAAAACAACUACCCUGCUAAAGCCUAGAGUUGGUGUAUGUGCGUGUGGAGUAAAGCAGCCCUUGCUGUGCCCUUUGCAGCUCAGCGGUCUGAGCAUUUGCCAGUCAGUGCCUGCCUUUGAUCCGUCAGGCUCGGCAGGGCUGCAUGCAGGCACCACAGCAUGCAAGGUUCUGUUGGGCAAUGGGAAGCAGCUCCCCUGCUUUUGCAGCCUUCUCCUGCUUUUGCAGACUUUAACGGCCUUCUCAAAUGACUUUUUUGCAGGUUUUAGAAGCUGCUGUCUGGUCCUGCGGCCUUUGCCUCGCCAACCUGAUUCCAUCAGCAUUCUGCCGUCGCUGGGAGGAUACACUCCACUGCCAGAUCAUAGAAGGAAUACUUUGAUGAUUUGGAGUCCCACCUGUCCUUUUUUUGUGGGGGUGAAAAUAACCUUUAUUCUCAGCAUAACAAAUCAGCCCCCUCCACCUGCCUGUGACAAGUCAGCUCGGCGGGUCAACCAGGCUGGUGGCCACUGCUUGCUCCCCCGUCUUAGCCCAGCUCUAAAGAAGCAUCCCUCUGAGAUCUGCUUGAGAAUUGCUGGAUGUAAGUUUUGGAGAAAGCAGGGGAAAGGAGGGAGGAAAGCUUAA